AUGGGCCGCCGUGGCCGGGGCGCGGGAGAGGCGGUCGUGGAGCGGCGGAGAUGGCAGCGUGUACCAGGCCUCCCAACAGACCUUCAAGCCUGCAUUGGACGGCUGUCGAGUGAGGACCGUCUGGCGCUGCGAACGGCGAGCUUCUUUCGACAAAAAGCAGAAAGGAAAAGAAUAGGGAGGGUGAGGGCGGCGGCGCAGCGGGUGAAGACGACUGAGGUUGUUCUGCACCGAAAGAAGGGGCACCACAGUACCGUGAUAGACGUUGGGGCUGGGGCGCGUUGGGCGUGCAAUUGCGCCGCUGUGUGCAAGAGUGCCAGUGUGCAUUCGCCGCUGGCCCAGCUGGACAGCGUGCCCGGCCUGGCCAGAGAAUACGUCGCCGGUCCAGCAGCAGCGUCCAACGAUGCAGCGAGCCUGUCCUGUCCAUCCCAUCGGUGGCUUGUGCCAGGCCCUCUGCCUCGCAUCUGUGCAUCCAUCUGUGCACCUGUGCAGCUCUCUCCUGGGGCCCGGUCUGGAGAACCAUGGCGGCUCGCCCAUGGUGAUUCACGCCAUUCACGCCAUUCGCACCCAUCGCAUUCUGCUGCCCUCUGGCCCACGCCUGGGCAGACCGUGCUAGGCAGCGCGAUGGAGCUCCCUGCAGCGCUGCAGCUCGACAUUGCAGCAGCCCGGCCUCUAGUUCCUGGCUACCCAUCACCUAGCCGCCUUUGUGCCAUGCGGGGGUUCUGCCAUGCACAGCAACAAAGCACAACAGAAGUUUAUGCUCGCCCUCACCGCCCGGACAAGUCCGCUCUGAUGUUUCCGCGCAGCCACCCAGCUGCUGCCGCGACGCAAUCGCCUGCAAUCUUGCCCUCGACGUGCAAUCUGCCCUCCCACCCACAUUUGUGCGCAACAGUGGGCAAGGCGGCACCAGCUCGCAGUGCUGUGCCACCCGCUGCUACCCAGUCGACGCCAAUCCGAACUCGAUCCUGCACCUAA